AUGGGAGGGCUCUGGUGUCCGCGAUGGAGGUUCGUCGCCUGGUGGGGCCGGUGCUGGAGCCAGCCUGGGUGGUGGGGCCGGGCUGUGGAGAGUGCGGGGCAGGUGCUUAGGCCCGGCUGGGAUGGAGGUGCGGAGCGGGGACUGAGGCGGCUCGGGACCUGGCAGCGCCUGAGCGGGGCCCGGGGAGCCGCCGUGCAGCAGCCGCCCCGGCGGCCGAGGAGCGGCAACCCUUUCCAGCGCGCGCAGGAGGACGAGUGGCGGCGGCGGAACAAGACGGUGCUCACCUACGUGGCCGCGGCCGCCGUGGGCAUGCUGGGGGCCUCCUACGCCGCCGUGCCCCUCUACCGGCUCUACUGCCAGACUACGGGACUUGGAGGAUCAGCAGUGGCUGGGCACUCCUCAGACCAGAUUGAAAACAUGGUGCCUGUUAAGGAUCGAAUCAUUAAGGUCACCUUCAAUGCCGAUGUGCAUGCCAGUCUCCAGUGGAACUUCAGACCUCAGCAGACUGAGAUAUAUGUGGUACCAGGAGAGACUGCACUGGCAUUUUAUAAAGCUAAGAAUCCUACUGACAAACCAGUAAUUGGAAUUUCUACAUAUAAUGUUGUACCAUUUGAAGCUGGACAGUACUUCAAUAAAAUACAGUGCUUCUGUUUUGAAGAACAAAGGCUUAAUCCACAAGAAGAAGUAGAUAUGCCAGUGUUUUUCUACAUUGAUCCCGAAUUUGCAGAAGAUCCAAGAAUGGUGAAUGUCGAUCUCAUCACUCUUUCUUAUACUUUUUUUGAAGCAAAGGAAGGGCACACAUUGCCAGUUCCAGGCUAUAAUUGAAGUAGCUUCCAAGACCUGCUUCAGAUUUGUGAUUUUUGGAAAAUCAUGUAUUGUACUUUCUCAGAAGAGAAAUAUUCUACAGUAAUGUAUAUUGAAACCUUGUAUU